GAAGACAAACCGCCGCGCAGAGCAGAUGCUCCCCAAACUCCGGCAAGGGUCUCGUCCAGUCGCUCCCCCCUAGUCGCCGCCGGCCCGCCGCACCAUCAACCCGCGGGCACCAGCCAAAUGCACUGACGGUCGCCGUAGCGUCGACCCGUCGACCAUCCCGAGGGAGGCGGGCGUGCCAUGGACGCAGCGGCGGAGGAGGCGCGGCGCGCGAAGGAGGCCGGCAAUGAAGCCUACAGCAAGUCCUUCCUCGAGACGGCCGUCGAGCACUACACCCGCGGCGCGCUCCUCGACCCCAGCGACAUCUCCUUCCUCACCAACCGCGCCGCCGCCUACUUCCACAUGGGCAAGUACCAGGAGUGCGUGAGGGACUGCGACGAGGCCGUGAGGCGCGGCAGGGAGCUCAGCGCCGACAACAAGCUGAUCGCGAAGGCGCUGUCGCGGAAGGCGUCUGCGCUGCUCGAGCUCGCGGGCUGCGCCGGGGACUACGCGGCGGCAGUCAGGGUCCUGCAGCAGUCGCUGGCCGAACACUACAGCGAGGAGACGCUUGACAGGCUCGGCAAGGCGGAGAGCAAGAGGAAGGAGCUGGAUGAGAAGGAGCGACGGGGCCAGGCCGCCGACCACCACCGUGAGAGAGGGAAUGAAUCGUUCAAGCAGAAGAAAUACCAUGAAGCAGCAAUGCACUACACUCAAGCUAUGAAAAUGAACCCAAAGGAUCCUAGAAUUUUUAGCAACAGAGCUCAAUGCUACAUCUCUCUGGGAGCUUUACCUCAAGGUCUUGAGGAUGCAGAGAAAUGCAUUGAACUGGAUCCUACUUUUCUGAAGGGCUAUGUGCGCAAAGCUAAAGUUCAGUUCCUGAUGGAAGAUUAUGAAAAUGCUAUGGCAACUUACCAAGAGGGUUUGAGGUGUGACCCAAACAAUCUGGAAAUACUUGAUGGCUUAAGGAGAUGUGAAGCACGCAUUAAGAUGGGUCAUGGGGGUGCUGAUCUUGAGUACUUCAAAAAGAUGUUUGGAGGUUUUCGUUCAGAAGACGAUGUUCAUGGGUUCCAAAAGGCCAUGGCUACAAUGUUCACAAAGGAAGUUUCUGAAGAGCCCUUGUGGCGUACAGAAUCGGAACUACUGGGAGAAUUUUGUACAGAAGAUGAUUUGCAUAAAUUCCAAAAAGCAACGGAACAAGCUGCAAUAUUCAAGAAGGAAGCUUCUGAAGAGCGUUUGAGGCGUAUCGAAUCUGAACGCAUGGCUAGAACAAUGGAGGACUCGUAUUUAAACCAAGUCCAACAAAGGAAACAAACUGAGGAGUUCCUUUCAAGGGCACAACAAGAACUGGAACGGUUUAAAAUACAACAUGAUGAUGUCAUUGAAAGACUUCAGGAGGCCAAUGAGCGUAAUGAGCGUCUACUAGGCCAGCUCUCUGAAUCCAGAGAACAAUAUGACUGGCUUCUAUCAGAGCAUGAACACUUGCUACACGACAGGGAUCGUGCAGUUCGUGAGGUUGAAGAGUUAUGUCAGAGAAGAGGGCAAAUGCAUUCGGUUUUGGUUACAUCAACGUACUCUGAGUUUUCAUCAUCUGAACUGGAGUCUGCAACUGAAAAAUUCAGUAGUUCACUGAAGAUUGGAGAAGGUGGGUUUGCAUGUGUGUUCAGAGGUAUCCUCCGGAACAUGACAGUUGCAAUAAAGGUGUUAAAACCUGAUUGUUUACAGGGAAGGUCACAGUUCGAGCAAGAGGUUUCUAUCCUGAGUAGGGUGAGGCACCCUCACCUCGUAACUCUAUUGGGAGCAUGCUCAGAAUCAUCUGCACUUGUCUAUGAGUUCUUGCCAAAUGGAAGUCUUGAAGAUUUUCUCGUGUGUGCAGAUAAAAGGAAAACAUUGCUAUGGCAGAUUCGCACCCGAAUUAUUGCAGAGAUAUGUUCAGCACUGAUCUUUCUGCACAAGAAUAAACCACACCCAGUUGUUCAUGGUGAUCUGAAGCCAGCCAACAUCCUUCUUGAUGUUAACCUAGUCAGUAAGCUUAGUGACUUCGGUAUCUCUCGCCUCCUGAUCCAGUCCUGCACCAAUAACACUACCCUUUAUCACACAAUGCAUCCAGUUGGAACCCCCUUGUACAUGGACCCAGAAUUUCUCGCCACUGGAGAGCUGACACCUCAUUCUGAUGUCUACUCUUUUGGGAUCGUGGUAUUGCGCCUUCUGACAGGAAAGCCUCCUGUUGGUAUUAAGAAGAUUGUGGAGGAUGCAAUGAUGAAAGGUGACCUGCAGUCAGUAGUUGAUUCCACAGCAGGAGAGUGGCCCGAUGUGCACGUGCAGCAGUUAGCACACCUUGCUCUCAGUUGCAUGGAGCUGAGCCGGAGGUGCCGUCCUGAUCUUUCAGGCGAGGUGUGGAGAGUAGUUGAGGCGAUGCGGGAUGCUGCGACGAGUAUACCUUCAGCCUCAUCUUCUAGGCCAGUGUCAGAUGAAAACUGCACACCUUCAUAUUUCGUGUGCCCUAUAUCUCAGGAUAUCAUGAGCGAUCCACAUAUCGCAGCUGACGGAUUCACCUACGAAGCUGAGGCCAUCAGAAGCUGGCUCGACAGCGGCCACAACACGUCUCCGAUGACCAACAUGCGACUCGAACACGGCGAGCUCAUUCCCAAUCGCGCUCUUCGUUCCGCCAUCCAGGAAUGGCUCCAGCAACAGAAUUUGGCGUAAUAACCUGUUGGGUUGCUGCGUGCUUCCCCGCCACUAAUAUCAGUUCGUUGCCUCUGCCCUCUGCCUCUCUUACCAAAGCCCCUGACGAGCUGAAUAACUCUGUAGUUUCCUUGCUCAUCAACUUCUGGAACCCGUGUGGCUUUAACAUUCAACUAGAACUAGCUGUAACAGUGUACCAUGCAAUCGUUGCAAGUUUGCUCUGUAGCCUUAGACAAUGAUGCCUGCCAUCCAUGCCCUGUUUAGGUCCAGAGUUUAAGGUGUCCGCCAUACGUUGUUAUCUUGCAGAUUGUAGUCUGAUCGGGCUAAACUUGAACUUCCAGUUGCUCAUGGAGAUCUGAAGCCUACCAACAUCCUCCUUGAUCCA